CUGAUCUCUGUUAUGGCUUUCCCACAGUAGCGGACAGAGAGAAGUCAAGGCAUAGAGAUACAGAGAGGGACAAACAGGCAGACCAGGACAGAGUGACGGACUUAAGUGACACAGUGAAGCAGGUAGAGGCAGUGGAUUUGGAGGCUGCUGGGGGAUUUCCAUGUUUAGACCCUGCUGACUACUGCUGGCGUUCCCAGCCUCCUUAGAGAUCUACCGGACCCCCCUCCCCCCCCCCACACCCCUCAACCCCACCCCCCAGCAGCUCGACUGUGGUGCAACAAGUGGUGCAACAUUAAAGGUGUUGCAGUUUCAUUUGCUAUUGCUACUGUAUCUGUCUCUCUUCUCGCUUUAUGACAAAGAUUUGACCUCUGCAGGCUUCAGAUAUCCACCACUUACUAACUGAAGCUACCAGCUCUCUUUGAUUGCUCCGCUGGCUGCUGUGUUUGAACCACACCAUGCACAGGAGUCCCCCCUCUGUGAAUAUGGCUGCUCAGCAGAAUCCUACUUGUAGGUCGUCUGAUAACUUUGAGGCCCUGGGAUGCCACGAGCAGCUGGAUUCGAAGGACAGCCGGAACUCCGAGAACCCCGGAGAAUACUGUUACGGUGGGUACCACCCUGUCCAGAUAGGUGACACCUUCAACAGAAGAUACCAGGUGGUUUCUAAGCUCGGCUGGGGAUAUUAUUCAACUGUCUGGCUGUGUCUGGACCUCAGGCUAUGUCGACGCGUUGCAGUGAAGGUGCUGAAGAGCGGAGAUAGCUUCACCCAGGCAGGACAAGAUGAACUCGCUCUCCUACGAUGCGCUAGCGGUCCUACGAGCCGUCAUCCCUCCAGUCAAAGGAUCGUUCAGCUGCUGGAUGAGUUCAAGCUGGCCGGGGUCAAUGGGGUCCACAUGUGUCUGGUGCUGGAGCUGUUGGGGCCUGACCUGAGAGGCUGGCAGCUGUGUUUUGGGAAUCCUGGACUGACGCCGCAUUCGGCCAAACAAAUACUUACUCAGGUUCUGCAGGGCCUGGACUACCUUCACACUCAGUGUAAGAUCAUCCACACAGACAUCAAGCCUGAGAACAUCCUGCUGUGUCUGGAGGAGCAGUCGCACAAAGUACCAGCAGGGGGCAGCAGCUCCUCCUCUCUACUGGCUGGGAGAGAGGCCAAGUCCACAGAGAGGGAUCAGGUGAACCCAUACAGUUUAAAGGAAAUCAGAGUGAAGAUUGCUGACCUGGGCAGCUCCUGCUGGGUCUACAAACAUUUCUGUGAGGAGAUUCAGACCCGUCAGUAUCGCUCGCUGGAGGUUUUACUGGGAUCUGAGUACGGCCCGCCUGCUGACAUCUGGAGUGUCGCCUGCAUGGCCUUUGAGUUGGUCACUGGAGACUCCCUGUUUGAACCCAAAGCUGGCGAGUCCAUUUCCCUGGAGGAGGACCAUAUAGCUCAGAUCAUGGAGCUGCUUGGUAAAAUCCCACCAGUUGUUGCCUUGUCGGGUAAAUUCUCUGCAGAAUACUUCAGCCGCAGAGGUGACCUGCGUCGUGUCGGUGCACUGAGGCUCUGGAGCCUCUAUGACGUUCUGGUGGAGAAAUACCACUUCCUGUUGGAGGAGGCCACUGGAUUCUCAGACUUCCUUCUUUGCAUGUUGGAUUACCAUCCGGAGAGGAGGGCCACGGCUGCACAGUGCCUCCACCACCCUUGGCUGUCCUCCUGAUAACCUCCAACAGGCUUCGUCCCCAUCUGCAGUCCUCACAGCCCGAUGCUGUCAGCAGCUCGACCUGGCCGAUUUCAGGACAUACCAGCCACAACCUCAAUAUGUGAGAUGUUAAAAAAAGCACAGGGCAUAUUUGAGUAUUUUAUACUAGCGGAAUCCAAAGAGCUACUUAGAAGACUGUUUGUAUUUCACUGACUUUGAUUUGUGAAUUCCUGUGGAAUGUGGUGUUGUCAUUAUUCAACACCAGAUAGAGGUGCCCCGUUACGCACUUUAUGCUGCUAUGGCUUUUGUUUUUUUACAUAGAUCUUCUCUAGUGUAGCUACUGUAAGUCUUUGACUGCCAGACAUUAUAUGAGUCAUAUAAGUUGCAGAAUAUGAUUCUGUAUCAUCUCUUGCUACACUGAGAGGCCUGACACUGCCACAAUCUGACGCAAAUUUUGAGUGCAGCUAUUAUUCAGUGUGAUUGAAUGUUAGUGAUUAAAAUGAUUAAAAAAAUGUAUACAUUUCAUGAUCUUUCAUAUUGUAUGUACUUUAAUGUUGCUUUUCUUUUUGAACAGUGUAAUGAAAUGUAAGUCACAUUAAGUCAACUUUAUUCAUGUAGCCCAAAAACUACAUUAACAUCUGUACAAUAUACGAGACCCACAAGAUUUGGAUAUGGAAAACCCCAUAAAACCCUUUAAUCAUAACCACAAACUUAUUAGGGACACACUGCUUUUUAAAGAUUUAUUUAAAGGUUAUAUGGAGUGCACCAGGGAUGACUUAUUUUUGUAGGCCAGGAAGUU